CAGAGUUCCUGUGGAAAAGCAAAUGGCUAUGGCUAACGAGUGGCUGCUAUGGCUGACCCUGUCUGCCAUCGUAGCUUCUUGGCACAGUGAGGCAAAGUCUGCUGUGAACACAUUUUCCUCCAUGUCCCAGAUUCCUGAGAAAAUAACAGGUGUGAGUCCUAUCCACAACGGCCAGGUUUGCAGUACGUGGGGCAACUUCCACUUCAAGACCUUUGAUGGGGACAUUUUCCAGUUGCACUCCACCUGCAACUAUGUUCUGACCUCUUCAUGCAGGAGCAGUUUUAAGGACUUCAACAUCCAGAUAAGACGACAGGAGGAUGACGGCCAUCCCACCAUCAAAAACAUCAUUAUGAAGCUGGAGGGUUCAGUGGUGGAGCUCUCCAAGGGCUCAGUGAUCAUUAAUGGCGAAUCAGCCAUCCUACCAUUCAGUCAAGCAGGAGUACUCAUUGAGAAAACUCCCACCUACAUCAAAAUCAAAGCAAAGCUGGGAUUGGUUGCUAUCUGGAAUGAGGAGGACUCUUUUCUGGUGGAGCUAGACCUGAAGUACAAGAACCAAACCUGUGGUCUUUGUGGAGACUUUAAUGGGGUUCAGCUCUACAACGAGUUCUACAGCCAUGGUGUGAAAAUAUCCCCUGUGGAUUUUGCUAUCUUCUGGAAAAUGGAUGGUCCAACUGAAAGCUGCUCUGCUCAAACACUGGAAUCAACAGAAAGCUGCAACAACAUGAAACCGCUGUGUGAGCAGAUCCUUACAGGGCCAGCCUUCAACAGCUGUCACAGUCUGCUGGAUGUUGCCUCCUUCACUUCUGCCUGUGUUGCAGACCUCUGCCACUGUGGCAAUGGCGUAGAUGAACACGCAGACCCCUUCUGCCUGUGCAACACUGUGUCUGAGUUCUCCAGACAGUGUGUCCAUGCUGGCGGCAAGCCCCACAGCUGGCGAACCAAAGAGCUCUGCUGGAAGUCAUGUCCCUACAAAAUGGACUACAAGGAGUGUGGGAGUCCCUGUGCUGAUACUUGCUCCAACCCAGAAGCCAGCCACACCUGUGACAACCACUGUAUUGAUGGAUGCUUCUGCCCUGCAGGCACGGUGCUGGAUGAUUUAAAUGGAAAUGGUUGUGUCCCAUUGAGUGAGUGCUCCUGCAGCUACAACAGCAAGAUGUAUGAACCUGGAGAGUCCUACUCCAGUAACUGCAAAAAAUGUGUGUGUGAGAGUGGCCAAUGGAAGUGUAUGGAGGAGAACUGUCCAGGAACAUGCUCUGUGGAGGGAGGAGCUCACGUCAACACCUUUGAUGGGAAAGUCUACACCUUUCAUGGGGACUGCUCCUACGUUCUGGCAAAGGACUGCAGUGGAGCUCAGUUUGUGGUACAGGGAGACCUGUUGCAGUGUGGACUGACAGAGAGUGAAACCUGCCUCAAGUCCGUUACCUUGGGUUUGUCUGGAGGGGCUAAUGUGAUCACUAUCCAGCCCAAUGGCAAGGUUUUUGUGAAUGGCAUUUACGCUCAGUUACCCUUUUCUGCUGCUGGUAUCUCCGCCUUCAGAGCGUCCUCUUUCUACCUGCUGGUCCAGACGUCUGUUGGUGUUCUGUUGGAGGUGCAGCUCCAGCCAGUCAUGCAGCUCUACAUCACAGUGACCAUUGACUACCAGUCCAAAAUCUGUGGUCUGUGUGGGAACUUCAACAGUAACCAAGCUGAUGACUUUCUUAAGCUCAGCGGUGUUCCAGAUGCCACAGCAGCUGGUUUUGUCAACAGCUGGAAAACACAUGCUGGUUGCCCUGAUGUUAAGAGCAACUUUGAGAACCCCUGCAGUCUUAGUGUGGACAAUGAGAAGUAUGCUCAGCACUGGUGCUCCAUGCUGAGUGACCCUCAGGGAGUGUUCGCCUCCUGUCACUCAGAGAUCAGCCCUGACUCUUACAAAGAGAACUGUAUGUAUGACAGCUGUAACUGUGAGAAAAGCGAGGACUGCAUGUGUGCUGCAGUCUCCUCCUAUGUCCAUGCCUGUGCAGCUACAGGAAUCCAGAUCAGCAGCUGGAGGAAGACCAUCUGUGGGAAAUAUGUCAGCUCCUGCCCUAGUAGCAUGGUCUACUCCUACAACAUCACAUCCAGUAGUCGCACCUGCCGCUGCAUUGGCACCACAGAUCUCAGCUGUCACUUCACCUUCCCGCCCAUCGACGGUUGCAUCUGUGCAGAGGGAACCUAUCUGGAUGACUCUGGGAAGUGUGUCCCACCUCAGGCUUGUCCCUGUUAUGACAAAGGCUCAGUGGUGCUUCCUGGACAGGUCAUCAACAAGGAAGGGAUCAUGUGCACGUGUGAGAAGGGCAAACUCAGCUGCAUUGGAGAGUUUAUUAUACAGCCAUCAGCCUGUGCUCCUCCCAUGGUGUUCUUCAACUGCUCUACUAAUGGUCCAGCUGCAAAAGGAACCGAGUGUGAGAAGAGCUGCAACACAUUAGACAUGGCCUGUGUGACCACAGGGUGCAUUUCUGGCUGUAUGUGUCCAUCUGGGAUGGUAUCUGAUGGUAAAGGAGGCUGCAUCAAGCCAGAGACCUGUUCCUGUGUUCACAACGGCAUCUCCUUCCAGCCUGGACAGACCACCAAGGUAGACUGCAACACCUGCACUUGUAAAGACAGAAAAUGGCAGUGCACUACCAACCAGUGUGAUAGAACCUGCUCUGUCUAUGGUGAUGGACACUACAUGACUUUUGAUCAGAAGCGCUUCACUUUUGAUGGCAGCUGUGAAUACAUACUCACUCAGGACUACUGUGGCAGUGCUCAGAGUAAUGGAACCUUCAGAGUGAUCACUGAGAAUGUUCCGUGUGGAACCACAGGAACCACCUGCUCUAAGACCAUCAAGAUCUUCCUGGGGAGUGCAGAACUGAUUCUAACAGAGGGAAGCUACCAGCUGCUUUCAAGUGGAAAUGAAGAAACAGUUCCAUUCCGUUACAGUACUAUGGGCAUCUACCUGGUAAUUGAAGCCAACAAUGGACUCAUUCUCAUGUGGGACAAGAAGACCAGCUUGUUCAUCAAGCUCAACCCAAAAUAUAAGGGUCGUGUUUGUGGGCUGUGUGGCAACUAUGAUGACAAUUCAAAUAAUGACUUCACUACAAGAUGCCAUGCUGUGGUGGUCAACCCACUAGUGUUUGGGAACAGCUGGAAGGAUUUACCAAGCUGCCCCAAUGCUCAAAGCAUCACCAGCCCCUGCACAUCCAACCCUUACAGACAGUCCUGGGCUCAGAAACAGUGCAGCAUUAUACAGAGUGACGUCUUCUCUGCCUGCCAUUCCAUUGUGGAUCCUGCUCCAUACUAUGAAGCAUGUGUGUUUGACUCAUGUGCUUGUGACACUGGUGGAGACUGUGAGUGUUUCUGCACUGCCGUGGCUGCUUAUGCUGAAUCCUGCAAUCAAGCUGGCGUCUGUAUACGAUGGAGAACCCCAAAGAUCUGCCCUCUCUUCUGUGAUUACUACAAUCCCCCUGGUGAAUGUGAAUGGCACUACAUGCCAUGUGGAUCUCCUUGCUUGAAAACCUGCAGGAGCCCCUCAGGCAGCUGCUCUACACAGAUACCUCCUCUAGAAGGUUGCUAUCCAAAAUGUCCACCUGCUCAGCCAUACUUUGAUGAGGAUACAAUGACAUGUGUUUUAAAAGAACAAUGUGGCUGCUACGAUAAAGAGGGGAGACACUAUAAUAAUGAUAACAAAGUGCCAACAACCGAAAACUGUCAUACAUGUACAUGCAGUUCAAUGACCAUCCAAUGCCAUUACGAUGCCCAAGCCUGUACUUGCACAUAUCAUGGAAACAAAUAUCCCCCUGGCAAUACCAUCUACAACACAACAGAUGGACAUGGUAACUGCAUCACAGCAGUGUGUGGGAAGAAUGGUACCAUUGACAAGAGGUCAUACCCAUGCCCAGUACCUACAACACCGACAACACGUAUGCCCACUACAACCACUACUACAGCCAGCCAGUCUCCAACCACCUUUGUUUUUACAUCAACCACACCAGAGCCAGUCACAGUCACAUGUAAUCCUUGUGAAUGGUCACCUUGGUAUGAUACCAGCUUCCCCACACUGGGAACUCCAGGAGGAGACAGUGAAACUUACGAAAAGAUUAGAGGGGCAGGGCACAAGAUAUGUGAAAAGCCAAGUCAGAUCCAAUGCAGAGCUGAGAAAUUCCCUAAUGUCACCAUUGACAAUGUGGGACAAGUUGUGCAAUGUAAUCUGGCAAAAGGGCUGAUAUGCAGAAAUGAAGACCAGUCAGGACCACUGGCCUUGUGCUUUAACUACCAAGUCAGAGUUCUGUGUUGUGACUAUAGCGCAUGCCCAACAAAACCUACUCCUUCUACAACACCUCCAAGCUCAUCCGUAAAACCUCCAACAACAGAACAUUUUACUGAAACACCUUGUCAGGAAACAUUAUGCUACUGGUCAAAGUGGAUAAAUUCAGACUACCCUGAAUAUGGUCCUGGAGGUGGGGACAAUGAAACCAUCAAACAUAUCAUCCAAAAAGGAUAUAACAUCUGUGAGAAUCCAGUGGCAGUGGAGUGUCAGGGUGUGCACUAUCCAGGGGUUCCCCUAAAACAACUGGGACAAGAAGUAACAUGUAAUAAUCAAGAAGGACUCCUGUGUAAAAACAGCUUACAAUAUCCCCCCAUAUGUUUAAAUUAUGAAAUAAAGGUAAAGUGUUGCAAGACAGUGCAAUGCAGCAAAACACCAAAACCUACAACCAUUAAUUUCACAACUGAACCACCUACAACUACUACCACAACCACUGCACCUUCUACCACAACUGAAACAGCAACUACUACUCAGCCACCUACAACUACACCUUGCCCUGGGGGACAUGAUGUGACAUGUGGUUGGUCAGAAUGGAUCAAUGUGGGAAAGCCCACACCAGGCCCUGAUGGUGGAGAAGAUGAAUCCAUCCAGAAGAUAAUCUCUGCUGGUCAUCUUGUUUGCUCAGCCCCAGAAGAAGUCCAUUGCAGAGCUGUUCUUUACCCAGGUCUUUCCAUGUCACAGGUGGGACAAGCUGUGACUUGCAAUAAACAUGUGGGUCUUAUAUGCAACAACAAACAGCAAGGGCUUCAGCAAGAGUGCUUUGAUUAUGAGAUUAAGUUGAAAUGCUGUGGGUGUCCAACACCUUCAGCUCCUUCUACUACAGUUCCAACUGCAGCACCUUCAACUACUACACCCACUACACCUUCUACCACAACUGAAAUGACAAGUACACCUCAGCCACCUACAACUACAAACACAACCACUAGACCCUCUACCACAACUGAAACAGCAACUACACCUCAGCCACUGACAACUACAACUACUACACCCUCUACCACAACUAAAACAACUACACCUCAGCCACCUACAACUACAACUAUUACACCUUCUACCACAACUGAAACAGCAACCACACCUCAGCCACCAACAACUACAACUACUACACCUUCUACCACAACUGAAACAGCAACUACACUUCAGCCACCUACAACUUCUACCACAACUGAAACAACUACAACUCAGCCACCAACAACAACGACUGCCACACCUUCUACAACAACUGAAAAAACAGCUACAACUCAGCCACAUACAACUACGCCUUGCCCUGGGGGACAUGAUGUGACAUGUGGUUGGUCAGAAUGGAUCAAUGUGGGAAAGCCCACACCAGGCCCUGAUGGUGGAGAAGAUGAAUCCAUCCAGAAGAUAAUCUCUGCUGGUCAUCUUGUUUGCUCAGCCCCAGAAGAAGUCCAUUGCAGAGCUGUUCUUUACCCAGGUCUUUCCAUGUCACAGGUGGGACAAGCUGUGACUUGCAAUAAAGAUGUAGGUCUCAUAUGCAACAACAAACAGCAAGGGCUUCAGCAAGAGUGCUUUGAUUAUGAGAUUAAAUUGAAAUGCUGUGGGUGUCCAACACCUUCAGCUCCUUCUACUACAGUUCCAACUACAACAUCUUCAACUAGUACAACCACUACACCCUCUACCACAACUAAAACAACUACACCUCAGCCACCUACAACUAUAACUACUACACCUUCGACCACAACUGAAACAACGACUUCAACUCAGCCACCUACAACUACUACAACUAAUACACCUUCUACCACAACUGAAACAACAACUUCAACUCAGCCACCUACUACUACUACUACUACAACCACUGCACCUUCUACCACAACUGAAACAACAACUACUACUCAGCCACCUACAACUACACCUUGCCCUGGGGGACAUGAUGUGACAUGUGGUUGGUCAGAAUGGAUCAAUGUGGGAAAGCCCACACCAGGCCCUGAUGGUGGAGAAGAUGAAUCCAUCCAGAAGAUAAUCUCUGCUGGUCAUCUUGUUUGCUCAGCCCCAGAAGAAGUCCAUUGCAGAGCUGUUCUUUACCCAGGUCUUUCCAUGUCACAGGUGGGACAAGCUGUGACUUGCAAUAAACAUGUGGGUCUUAUAUGCAACAACAAAAAGCAAGGGCUUCAGCAAGAGUGCUUUGAUUAUGAGAUUAAGUUGAAAUGCUGUGGGUGUCCAACACCUUCAGCUCCUUCUACUACAGUUCCAACUGCAGCACCUUCAACUACUACACCCACUACACCUUCUACCACAACUGAAAUGACAAGUACACCUCAGCCACCUACAACUACAAACACAACCACUAGACCCUCUACCACAACUGAAACAGCAACUACACCUCAGCCACUGACAACUACAACUACUACACCCUCUACCACAACUAAAACAACUACACCUCAGCCACCUACAACUACAACUAUUACACCUUCUACCACAACUGAAACAGCAACCACACCUCAGCCACCAACAACUACAACUACUACACCUUCUACCACAACUGAAACAGCAACUACACUUCAGCCACCUACAACUUCUACCACAACUGAAACAACUACAACUCAGCCACCAACAACAACGACUGCCACACCUUUUACAACAACUGAAAAACAGCUACAACUCAGCCACAUACAACUACGCCUUGCCCUGGGGGACAUGAUAUGUGGGUCUUAUAUGCAACAACAAAAGCAAGGGCUUCAGCAAGAGUGCUUUGAUUAUGAGAUUAAGUUGAAAUGCUGUGGGUGUCCAACACCUUCAGCUCCUUCUACUACAGUUCCAACUGCAGCACCUUCAACUACUACACCCACUACACCUUCUACCACAACUGAAAUGACAAGUACACCUCAGCCACCUACAACUACAAACACAACCACUAGACCCUCUACCACAACUGAAACAGCAACUACACCUCAGCCACUGACAACUACAACUACUACACCCUCUACCACAACUAAAACAACUACACCUCAGCCACCUACAACUACAACUAUUACACCUUCUACCACAACUGAAACAGCAACCACACCUCAGCCACCAACAACUACAACUACUACACCUUCUACCACAACUGAAACAGCAACUACACUUCAGCCACCUACAACUUCUACCACAACUGAAACAACUACAACUCAGCCACCAACAACAACGACUGCCACACCUUCUACAACAACUGAAAAAACAGCUACAACUCAGCCACAUACAACUACGCCUUGCCCUGGGGGACAUGAUGUGACAUGUGGUUGGUCAGAAUGGAUCAAUGUGGGAAAGCCCACACCAGGCCCUGAUGGUGGAGAAGAUGAAUCCAUCCAGAAGAUAAUCUCUGCUGGUCAUCUUGUUUGCUCAGCCCCAGAAGAAGUCCAUUGCAGAGCUGUUCUUUACCCAGGUCUUUCCAUGUCACAGGUGGGACAAGCUGUGACUUGCAAUAAAGAUGUAGGUCUCAUAUGCAACAACAAACAGCAAGGGCUUCAGCAAGAGUGCUUUGAUUAUGAGAUUAAAUUGAAAUGCUGUGGGUGUCCAACACCUUCAGCUCCUUCUACUACAGUUCCAACUACAACAUCUUCAACUAGUACAACCACUACACCUUCGACCACAACUGAAACAACGACUUCAACUCAGCCACCUACAACUACUACAACUAAUACACCUUCUACCACAACUGAAACAACAACUUCAACUCAGCCACCUACUACUACUACUACAACCACUGCACCUUCUACCACAACUGAAACAACAACUACAACUCAGCCACAUACAACUACGCCUUGUCCUGGGGGACAUGAUGUGACAUGUGGUUGGUCAGAAUGGAUCAAUGUGGGAAAGCCCACACCAGGCCCUGAUGGUGGAGAAGAUGAAUCCAUCCAGAAGAUAAUCUCUACUGGUCAUCUUGUUUGCUCAGCCCCAGAAGAAGUCCAUUGCAGAGCUGUUCUUUACCCAGGUCUUUCCAUGUCACAGGUGGGACAAGCUGUGACUUGCAAUAAAGAUGUAGGUCUCAUAUGCAACAACAAACAGCAAGGGCUUCAGCAAGAGUGCUUUGAUUAUGAGAUUAAAUUGAAAUGCUGUGGGUGUCCAACACCUUCAGCUCCUUCUACUACAGUUCCAACUACAACAUCUUCAACUAGUACAACCACUACACCCUCUACCACAACUAAAACAACUACACCUCAGCCAACGACAACUACAACUACUACACCUUCGACCACAACUGAAACAACGACUUCAACUCAGCCACCUACAACUACUACAACUAAUACACCUUCUACCACAACUGAAACAACAACUUCAACUCAGCCACCUACUACUACUACUACUACAACCACUGCACCUUCUACCGCAACUGAAACAACAACUUCAACUCAGCCACCUACUACUACACCUUGCCCUGGGGGACAUGAUGUGACAUGUGGUUGGUCAGAAUGGAUCAAUGUGGGAAAGCCCACACCAGGCCCUGCUGGUGGAGAAGAUGAAUCCAUCCAGAAGAUAAUCUCUGCUGGUCAUCUUGUUUGCUCAGCCCCAGAAGAAGUCCAUUGCAGAGCUGUUCUUUACCCAGGUCUUUCCAUGUCACAGGUGGGACAAGCUGUGACUUGCAAUAAAGAUGUAGGUCUCAUAUGCAACAACAAACAGCAAGGGCUUCAGCAAGAGUGCUUUGAUUAUGAGAUUAAGUUGAAAUGCUGUGGGUGUCCAACACCUUCAGCUCCUUCUACUACAGUUCCAACUACAACAUCUUCAACUAGUACACCCACUACACCCUCUACCACAACUAAAACAACUACACCUCAGCCACCUACAACUACUACAACUACUACACCUUCGACCACAACUGAAACAACGACUUCAACUCAGCCACCUACAACUACUACUACAACUAAUACACCUUCUACCACAACUGAAACAACAACUUCAACUCAGCCACCUACUACUACUACUACAACCACUGCACCUUCUACCACAACUGAAACAACAACCUCAACUCAGCCACCUACUACUACACCUUGCCCUGGGGGACAUGAUGUGACAUGUGGUUGGUCAGAAUGGAUCAAUGUGGGAAAGCCCACACCAGGCCCUGCUGGUGGAGAAGAUGAAUCCAUCCAGAAGAUAAUCUCUGCUGGUCAUCUUGUUUGCUCAGCCCCAGAAGAAGUCCAUUGCAGAGCUGUUCUUUACCCAGGUCUUUCCAUGUCACAGGUGGGACAAGCUGUGACUUGCAAUAAAGAUGUAGGUCUCAUAUGCAACAACAAACAGCAAGGGCUUCAGCAAGAGUGCUUUGAUUAUGAGAUUAAGUUGAAAUGCUGUGGGUGUCCAACACCUUCAGCUCCUUCUACUACAGUUCCAACUACAACAUCUUCAACUAGUACAACCACUACACCCUCUACCACAACUAAAACAACUACACCUCAGCCACCUACAACUAUAACUACUACACCUUCGACCACAACUGAAACAACGACUUCAACUCAGCCACCUACAACUACUACUACAACUAAUACACCUUCUACCACAACUGAAACAACAACUUCAACUCAGCCACCUACUACUACUACUACUACAACCACUGCACCUUCUACCACAACUGAAACAACAACCUCAACUCAGCCACCUACUACUACACCUUGCCCUGGGGGACAUGAUGUGACAUGUGGUUGGUCAGAAUGGAUCAAUGUGGGAAAGCCCACACCAGGCCCUGAUGGUGGAGAAGAUGAAUCCAUCCAGAAGAUAAUCUCUGCUGGUCAUCUUGUUUGCUCAGCCCCAGAAGAAGUCCAUUGCAGAGCUGUUCUUUACCCAGGUCUUUCCAUGUCACAGGUGGGACAAGCUGUGACUUGCAAUAAAGAUGUAGGUCUCAUAUGCAACAACAAACAGCAAGGGCUUCAGCAAGAGUGCUUUGAUUAUGAGAUUAAGUUGAAAUGCUGUGGGUGUCCAACACCUUCAGCUCCUUCUACUACAGUUCCAACUACAACAUCUUCAACUAGUACAACCACUACACCCUCUACCACAACUAAAACAACUACACCUCAGCCACCUACAACUAUAACUACUACACCUUCGACCACAACUGAAACAACGACUUCAACUCAGCCACCUACAACUACUACUACAACUAAUACACCUUCUACCACAACUGAAACAACAACUUCAACUCAGCCACCUACUACUACUACUACUACAACCACUGCACCUUCUACCACAACUGAAACAACAACCUCAACUCAGCCACCUACUACUACACCUUGCCCUUGGGGACAUGAUGUGACAUGUGGUUGGUCAGAAUGGAUCAAUGUGGGAAAGCCCACACCAGGCCCUGAUGGUGGAGAAGAUGAAUCCAUCCAGAAGAUAAUCUCUGCUGGUCAUCUUGUUUGCUCAGCCCCAGAAGAAGUCCAUUGCAGAGCUGUUCUUUACCCAGGUCUUUCCAUGUCACAGGUGGGACAAGCUGUGACUUGCAAUAAAGAUGUAGGUCUUAUAUGCAACAACAAACAGCAAGGGCUUCAGCAAGAGUGCUUUGAUUAUGAGAUUAAGUUGAAAUGCUGUGGGUGUCCAACACCUUCAGCUCCUUCUACUACAGUUCCAACUACAACAUCUUCAACUAGUACAACCACUACACCCUCUACCACAACUGAAACAACAACCUCAACUCAGCCACCUACAACUACUACUACAACUAAUACACCUUCUACCACAACUGAAACAACAACUUCAACUCAGCCACCUACUACUACACCUUGCCCUGGGGGACAUGAUGUGACAUGUGGUUGGUCAGAAUGGAUCAAUGUGGGAAAGCCCACACCAGGCCCUGCUGGUGGAGAAGAUGAAUCCAUCCAGAAGAUAAUCUCUGCUGGUCAUCUUGUUUGCUCAGCCCCAGAAGAAGUCCAUUGCAGAGCUGUUCUUUACCCAGGUCUUUCCAUGUCACAGGUGGGACAAGCUGUGACUUGCAAUAAAGAUGUAGGUCUCAUAUGCAACAACAAACAGCAAGGGCUUCAGCAAGAGUGCUUUGAUUAUGAGAUUAAAUUGAAAUGCUGUGGGUGUCCAACACCUUCAGCUCCUUCUACUACAGUUCCAACUACAACAUCUUCAACUAGUACAACCACUACACCCUCUACCACAACUAAAACAACUACACCUCAGCCACCGACAACUACAACUACUACACCUUCUACCACAACUGAAACAACAACUUCAACUCAGCCGCCUACAACUACUACUACAACUAAUACACCUUCUACCACAACUGAAACAACAACUACACUUCAGCCACCUACAACUACUACUACAACCACUGCACCCACCUCAACUGAGUUACCUCCAGUGACAGGAGGAACCUCUCAACCAAUUACUAGGCCACAGGUUUGCCAUUGCCUUCAUAAUGGUAAAAAGUUUCACCCUGGCUCCAUUGUCUACAAUGAGACGGACUAUGAUGGCUACUGUUACAUAGGGUACUGCAACGAGAGCUGUCAUGUAGUGCUCAAACAUCACCAGUGUUCUAUACCUGGAAAAGAGUGUGUUGAUGUAAAUCCUCCAAGAAAGAAUGGUGAAAGUUGGAAGGAAAAUAACUGUCGUGUAGGAACAUGUGAUAAUGGCACAGUGACAUAUAAUCACACACACUGUCCAACUCUGAAGCCUAUAGUGUGCACAAAUAACUUCCCUGCUAUUGAAGUGAAGGAUGAUGAUGAAUGCUGCUCCCACUAUGAAUGCCAAUGUAUCUGCUACGGAUGGGGAGACCCCCAUUAUGUCACCUUCGAUGGAACCUACUAUGGUUUUCAAGGCAACUGUUCCUACUGGCUGGUGAAAGAGAUAUUGCCCAAAUACAACUUCAGUGUUAUGAUCGAUAACUACUACUGUGGUGCAGCUGAUGGCUUGUCCUGUCCUCAGUCCAUCACUGUCUUCUACAAAAGCUACAAGAUCUUUAUUACCCAGAAGGAUAUCAAUGACAUUUUCACAAACCAGAUUUCUGUGAAUGACAAACUUGUAAGUUCUGCAUACCAGAAUGGGGACUUCCGUAUAAUCACCACCGGUAUUGAUACAGUGCUCGUCAUCCCUAAAAUCCAUGCCAAGAUCACCUUCUCAGGGCUCAUAUUCAGUAUCUACCUGCCCUAUAGUGAAUUUGGCAACAACACCCAGGGACAGUGUGGCACGUGUGACAACAACCGAACAGAUGACUGCAUGUUGCCCAGUGGUAAAAUUGAUCUUUCAUGUCCUAAUAUGGCACACGGGUGGCAUGUUAACAACAGUCACUGUGAACAUCCAAUCCAACCUACACCAACACCUACACCUAAUACCUGCAAUACAACCAUCUGUGAGAUCAUCAAGAGCAGUGUGUUUGAAGCUUGCCACAAAAUCAUUGACUACAAUCCAUUUGUUGUGGCCUGUGAGUUUGAUGUUUGCCACAUGCACAUUAAUCACAUUGGCUGCACCAGUUUGCAAACCUAUGCUGAUGCCUGUGCUGAGGCUGGAGUGUGUAUUGACUGGAGGAGUGCCACCAAAGGAAUCUGUGAAUAUAGAUGUCCAAGUCCCAAAGUGUAUCAGGCCUGUGGCCCUGUGGUGGAGCCUACCUGUGAUUCCUGGUACAACCAGAAAUUCAUCUACACCAUCAAUGAGUUCAGCGCCAUGACAAAUGUGAAGCUGGAGGGGUGCUACUGCCCAAAUGAUACCUUCCUCCUCUCUUCCAACUCAAAUGAAUGUGUGCCCACCUGUGAAAUUUGUCGGCUGGCAAAUGGAAAAUGGACAAAGGCCAAUGCAACAUGGACAGAAGGCUGUGAGGAGUGUAUAUGUGAGGAGGAUACACUGCAAGUCACCUGCCGUCACGUGUCCUGUCCAACACAACCACCCCUCAGCUGUGACCAAGAAGGUCAGGUCAAGGUCACUAACACUGUAGGCUGCUGUCAAAAGGAGAAGUGUGAGUGUGAUGUGAAGCAGUGCUCUGGUUUUGUGCCGUCUUGUCCUGUUGGUUUUACUCUAAACACCACUAUGGGAGGCUGCUGUUUCAAAUACUCCUGCGUGCCUAAAACGGAUGUGUGUGUUUUCAACAACCAUGAAUAUCAGGUUGGAGACCUGGUUCCCAUGAAGCAAUGUGACAAAUGCAGUUGCAGUAACGAGACAGAUGCCAGCAGCAAUCUGCACACAAUAGAAUGUCAGCCUAUACCAUGUAACACACACUGUCCUCUGGGUUAUGAGUACCAGAUCAUCUCUAGCCAUUGCUGUGGGAAGUGUGUCCAAACAAGCUGCGUUGUCACACUGUCGAUCAACUCCACACACACAUUAAAGCCUGGCACCAUUUGGACACCCGCUGGGAACCCCUGUGUGAAGUUUGAGUGUGUGAAGAUCGCUAAUCAGUUCAUCACCGUCGAGGCCAAGAGCAUCUGUCCUUUCUACGAUCCUAAUGAAUGCAUACCGGGAACAGAGACCAUAGCUCCAGAUGGAUGCUGCCAUGUCUGUAUUCCGAAGGGUCAGCCAUGCAGUGUAUCCACCACUACUGUGUACCUGGAGAGCCAGGGCUGCCACUCCAAAGAAUUAGUCAAUGUCACAUCCUGUAGUGGUGCAUGUGGUACCUUCACCUUCUAUUCUACCAAAAUGAGAUCCUUGCAGCAUACCUGCUCCUGCUGCCAGGAGUUGGCCACAUCUGAGCAGCAGAUCCAGCUCUCCUGCCCUGACAACACAGAGAUCACCUAUACCUACACCCACAUCAACGCCUGUGGGUGCCUCAAGACAGAGUGCUCUGUGCUUGGCCACAGUGAAAUGGCAACCACUCCCUCCAGCGUCAAGUCACGCCGACGCAGGAGAUAAGGCAAAGUGAAUCAGUGUCAACUUCAUCUGCAUACAUAAUUCCUCUAUUUAUGUCAUAUGUAUUAGCAUACUUAGUUUUAGCUUGAUAAGAUUGUAAACCCACAAAGAUCUCAUUAAUAAAAAUCAUACUGCAGCUGCA